AGGUUUUAGCAUGGCUGAACUACUUUAGUGGCUCUGGUUGGCAUCAUCUGUUAACUUCUAAUAGUUUUAGGAGGGAAGUUAUCCGUAGCAGUAUAUUGAUGCAAAGAUUUAAGGGGAUCCGGAAGAUGUUUCAGCACCAGGAGCAGCUGCCUAUCGUUGCCUCUGUGAUUGGAUACAGUAAAGGGAGCAGCGGAUCUUGAAGUUCCGCCCCUCCACCGCUAGGUGUCACUACCGAGCCCUUUGGAUUUUCCGACGCAAAAGAAACUCUUUGGGUUUGACGGCCUGUUUUCCGGAUGUUUGGUGAAGCUCAGGAGGCAGGGAUCAGGAAUGGCUGCGAUGCUUUCGUGUUGUUUCGGGUGCUGCGGUGAGGGCGGCUCGGGGCAUAUUUCCCUCAAGGAGAUGCCAACUGUUCAGCUCGAUACUCAUCAUAUGGGCACAGAUGUUGUCAUUGUAAAGAGCGGUCGGAGAAUAUGUGGGACUGGAAGCUGCCUCGCCAAUGCUCCUCUGCAUCAGAACAAAAGCUACUUUGAAUUUAAGAUCCAGUCCAGUGGUGUGUGGGGAGUUGGGGUGGCCACCCAGAAGGUGAAUCUUAACCAAGUGCCUUUGGGCAGAGACACAAACAGCCUAGUACUGCGGCAUGAUGGGUCUGUGUACCACAACAAUGAAGAGAAGAACCGUCUGCCUGCCAACAGCCUUCCUCAGGAGGGUGACGUCGUGGGCAUCACGUAUGACCACGUGGAGAUGAACUUGUACCUUAAUGGCAAGAAUAUGCAUUGUCCUGCCUCAGGGAUCCGAGGCACAGUGUACCCAGUAGUAUAUGUGGACGACAGUGCCAUCUUAGACUGCCAGUUUAGUGAUUUCUAUCACACUCCACCACAAGGAUUUGAGAAGAUCCUCUUUGAACAGCAGAUCUUCUAAAUGAGCGCCUCUCUGUAUUGCCGUCGCCCUCUAAAUCCUUCAGCACCGUCUGUGACACUACAGUUUGACCUUGAUUGGGUUUUAUUUUGAUGUGUAACUUACAUGUAUCUCAUGUCCUGUUGUUUACCUUGCCUUUUUUUUUCUUUGCUGCUUUGAAUCGUUAUGUAUUGAAUAAGUUGGGAUGUCUGAUUAAGGCUCAUCUGUUGUGAGCUGCUCUGGUCUGUGCAGAUAGAACAGUGUAAAACAUUUACCCUGUCUCAGUGGUAUUCAUGAUGUGUAAACUGAACAACUUUCACUUGCUGCUUACUCCCAGUGUGUAGUUACCGGACAAUUGUUGUAAUAGUAAAAUGUUCCCAGUUUCAGGAUCAGAAGCCAUGUUUUAAACCGCUCUAUACUUAUCUUUCACAAUUUUUACCAUUCUAAAGGCUUUACGGAUGUCUCAGAAGGCAUCACAUAUUUAUUUGUAUUUAUUUUACAAAAACAUUCUAUCACAAAUCGUGUAGCUUUAGCUGCAAGAGAAGAAGAUUUUUUUUGUUUUAAG